UUGAUAUAUGACUGCAAUGGCACUUUUCCAUUUGACAUUCCCCCUCUCUCCCUCUCUCUCCCUCUCUCUCUUAAACAACAGCCCUAACUUUUGUGUGUUGCAAAUAUAAAAGGCAAGCCAUGUGACGGAGGGACAGAAGAACAAAAGCAUUUGGAAGUAACAGGACCUCUCCUAGCUCUCUGAAGGGUUCGAGGGAAGGAAGGAGUGGUGCAUUUUCCAAAGUCAUCUGCUGGAGCGCUCAGAAUAAUUCGAAACAACAGGCGAUAUUUAUCCCUAGCUCUGUGUCUCACGCUUCGCGGGAGCGCUCGCAAUUCGCACGCUAUUAUUUAUCCAAACUUCCGCAAGGCUUUCCAAUGGACCGGACAGCGCUGGUUGUGGAUUAGGGCAGGUUUAACACAGCCUGGGUUGGCUCCGAGCUGUGAGGAAAGCUUGGCUUUGCUGCGGUGCCCGGCUGACAGCGGAGGAUGCUGCGCGACCCCAGCCCGCCCGCUGAAGGACAGAGGGAGGCUCUCCUGCCUUCCCGGCUGAUCAUUCCCUGUGUGUCAGCGCCAGAGGCACGAGCAUGACUGCUCUCUGCUUGUCUGGAAGAAGAAUUUCUCUGCUGUGAGCCCGGUGACCGAGUGUCAGUGCAGUGUCACUGCGGGAGCGGAGCCUGCCCCGGGAGAGAGAACAGAGCCCGGCUCCCUGCUGCCGUUCAGAUGCUGCUCUUUAAUUAACGGAGAGGAGACUGACACGGAGCAAGUGCUGCCUGGCAACUGUGCAGGAGAUUCUUUGAUGGAUUACAAUCUCAUCAGGCUCCAAUUUAAGAAAAAGAAUGACAGCUCAGACACUUAAACCAGACUUUUCACCUUCCUGGAAAGGAACUGGCUUCCAGAAUUUGGGGCGUUUUUGAUGCUCUACCUCCCUCUGCUGUUACCAGCGAGAAGUUCCUCGACAAUGGGAAAUCAUGUACUGGCGGCUUCGAUUUCCAUGCUGUCGCUGCUGGUGAUGGUGGGAGACACGGACAGUAAAACAGACGGGUCCUUCCUGAUGGACUCGGACCCCAGCCGCUGUAUGAGGCACCACUACGUGGACUCCAUCAGCCACCCCCUGUACAAGUGCAGCUCCAAGAUGGUGCUGCUGGCUCGCUGCGAAGGCCGCUGCAGCCAGACCUCGCGCUCGGAGCCCAUGGUUUCCUUCAGCGCCGUCCUGAAGCAGCCCUUCCGCUCCAGCUGCCACUGCUGCCGCCCUCAGACCUCCAAGCUGAAGGCCAUGAGGCUGCGCUGCUCGGGGGGCAUGCGGCUCACGGCCACCUACCGCUACAUCCUGUCCUGCCACUGCGAGGAGUGCAGUUCCUAGGCCCCGCAGGCCGCGGACACGGGGGUGCUGCUGGGGGGAGAUUCCCAACAAACCAUCCACGGCCAGGCCGGCGCUCCCAGCACAGGAUCGCAGCGAGGACAGGACUGACUGGAGUGAAGCUGAGAGCAGAAGCACAAAAUAUCCCGGGUUGUUGGGUGGUGCUGGUAUCGUGGUGUGGGCUGUGACGAAGGCAAAAGCGUGAGGACUUGGUUUUAUGAAGCCUUUCUUUUUUUCUGAAAGGAUAUUUUUGAGAGUUUCUUCUUUUUCAGACUCAGCUCUGACUACAGAGAGGUGCUUUUACUUUAGGCCACGGGGAACAGAGAAGAAGGUCAGCCAGAUGACAGCACCGCAGUCUGAAAACUGACAUUUGGACAGAGGAUGGGCAUCAGUUCCCACUGACAACCUCUUAACCUAUCAAUUUAUUCUCAGUUUUCUAGUUAUACUGGCCUUCAAAGCAAACUGUGCUGUUGGCAAGGGUCAUCUGUUACUGACCUAGUGUCCAAAUGCUGGAUAACUUUAAAUGUGGUUUAGCAGAAAUUACAAAUAAACCAUUGAAAAGUGAA